AUGUCGACUGGCUUGCUGGUUUCUAGAAAGUUCUACACUCUUCCUCGCGUUCACUGUCAUCACCAGUUUACAAAGGAGGUUCUGUCAGAACUGGACUUGCAUAUUUCUACCGUCUUCGCAUCUCAGGCCACCUGCUCUUCUCUCCCCUCCUCCAAUCCCAACUUCCAAUUUCUGCUACAGUCAACACCAUUGACUCUUAUCGAUGGCGUGGAACACACUGACCUCGAUGGUGACGUUGAGACUUCGGAUGGAUGGCAGGAACUUCCUCACCGGUUAGCUGAAAGCAAUGGUGGUGGCGGUGGUGAAGGAAGGGAUGACAAUGGGAAGGGAAUGGAUGGCGCUGAGUUAAAAGUGUUGCCUGCUCGACAAUCUGUCCUCAACUACGAGCCAAUGGUCUUGCUCCUACCCCCCAUUGUCUUCACUCUCAACAUCGUCACUGUCAUCGUCAUCGGUAUCAUUUAUACUAACCACAGUGACAGCACUGUCGGAAGGCGAACUGGAGACGACGCGAUGGACGCUGACGAUGGGGUUGCGGAGGAGGAGGAUAAGGAGGAAGAGGAGAGAGGAAGAGCGAAUGCGACUGAAAAGAGGUCGCAGGAGAGGAUGUACGAGACAAACUCUACCUCAAAAUCCUUGGGCGAGAAAGUGCAGAAGAAUGUGCGAAUGGAUGGGGACUCACUGGACGGAGGGGCAGACAAGACAGUGAGAGAGCUUGCUAUUGGUGGAUCAGAAGACUGGGGAAGCAUUCUUGCUGCCUGUUCUUCUCUCGCUGUUGCGCCUGAUGUUACUGUUGAUAUUGUUUUGCAUUUUAUCGACAAAUCCUCUCCUCUAGCUUAA